AUGCCUCGAAUUCCUCCCCACCCCGCGGCGCGGGGAUCCGCCGGGCCGGGACCGCGGCACCCGUGCGGCGCCCGUCCGCCCUCCGCGCCCCCCCCUCCCCCAGCCGGCUCCCCCCCCGCCUACCUGCGCCGGGCCGGGCCUCCGCUGGCGGCCGCCGGGACGGGCCGGGCCGGGGCAGCCGCGGCGCGGAGUGGGGCGGCCGCAGCCCGCGGGGCCGUGCUGGAGCGGCGGGUCCGGGCGCUGACAAUGAGAGGCGGCCCCGGCGCCGCUACGUCACCGCGAGGGGAGCGGGGCCCGGCGGGGCGGGGGGCGGGAGCGGCGCUGCCGGGCGGGGCGGGGGUCGGGGGCCCGGCGGUCCCGGUCCGUGGCGGACUUUGGCGGCCGCCUCAGCCGGGCGACCCGCUCCGGGCGCCGCCGCUUCCGCGGGCUGCGCCGUCGUUGGGAGAAGCGCGGAAGGAGUUUCGGCCAUUUUGGGGGAAAGAGGGCGCGGGGCGGCCGGAGGGAACCGCGAGCUGGGAGAGCGAAACGGGAGAGAGCGGCGGCCGCCGGGGCGAGCCGGGACGGGAACGGGGGCGGCGGGGAGCGGCUCGGGGCCGGAGCUCCGCGGGAGGAGGGAGCGAUGGGGGCGGCGGUGCGGUGGCCCUCGGCCCGUCCGGAGUUGCGGAGCUCCGCGGCCGUUCCGCCGCCGCCCGUCCCGAGGCGUGCGCAGCCCCCGCUGUCUGCCGCGCGCCUCUGCCUGCCGAACGACGAGGAGGAACCGGAGUGUGGCGGAACGUCCGUCCUCAAAGGCUGCCCCCCACCGUGCCGCCCCUGGGAGUUUGGGACGUGGCGCUGAACGAAGCGCCCCUUCAGACACUGACAGGCCGCGAUAGGUAUCCCCGCAGCCUUCCCUUCUCCAGCUGCACAGCCCAGCUCUCAGCCUGGAGGUGUUCCAUCCCUGGGAGCUUUUGUGGCCCUCCUCUGGAUGCUCUCCAACAGCCCCACGUCCCUCCUGUACUGAGGACUCCCAUCCGGGCGCAGUGCUGCAGGGCUGCGCUCCAUCCUCACACCCCCCGGCUCAUACUGAUGGUGAGGGUUGCUGUGACCCGGGUGCAGACCUCGCACGUGGAUUUAUUGAACCUCAUAAGGCUGAUUCCAGACCAUCCAGGUGGCGACUUCAAAGAGACAGGAAAACUAGGGAAUGACCAACAUCAGGCAUCUGCUGUGGGUGGUGUGGAAGUGUGGCUGCAGCUGAUGGUAUCAGGGCUGCAGCAACAGAGAUGCAGCUGCUGGAGGAGCUUGAUCACAUGAGAAGUGCCUGGCCAUGGGAUGCCACAGACACCGGAGGCACGAGCAUGGAAAGGGAUUACAGAAGCUUACAGAAAACAGAUUUCUCACUGUCUGCUAAAAAUGUUUCUGAGUCGUCUUCCAGCCCACAAAGUCCAUGAAGUCACUUCUCUGCGCUCGCUCUGUUUCUGUGGUCAGUUUAAAUGAGGUACCUGAGUCGAUCUAACAGCUUGCUGAUGGUACAUGCAGUUCUGCUCCCGUCCUCCUGCAGCUAUUUGUGAGUCUGUGCUGCUUCUGUUGCACCACUUCUGGCAUUCAAUCUGUUCAUUAAACCGGCGGAAAAUUAAAGCAGAGUGAAUACUGUUC